CAUAUGACGUGUAAAGGUCUGCGCGCCUGGGUUUCCUGUCCUGGAAUUUUAGGCGCGUGGGGAAGGAGGCUCCUGGCGUGUUCGGUCCAGCCAUGCGGCCCGGUUUUACCCCCCGCGGAGGACGUGGGGACCGUGGAGGACGUGGAGGCUUCCGAGGAGGGCGAGGAGGUGGAUUUAAAUCUCCUGGAGGUGGAUUUAAAUCUCCUGGAGGUGGACGAGGAGGUGGUGGUUUCCGAGGUGGACGAGGAGGUGGUGGUUUCCGAGGUGGACGAGGAGGUGGUGGACGAGGAGGACGGGGUGGCUUCAAAGGAGGCAAAAAGGUGAUUGUAGAACCCCACAGGCAUGAAGGAGUCUUUAUCUGCAGGGGAAAAGAAGAUGCAUUAGUCACACAAAAUCUGGUACCUGGAGAAUCUGUAUAUGGAGAAAAGAGAAUAUCUGUAGAGGAUGGUGAAGCAAAGGUGGAAUACCGUGCCUGGAACCCCUUCCGUUCCAAGUUGGCUGCUGCCAUCCUUGGAGGCAUUGAUCAGAUUCAUAUCAAACCGGGAGCAAAAGUGUUAUACUUGGGAGCAGCAUCAGGAACAACGGUGUCUCAUGUCUCUGACAUUGUGGGGCCGGAAGGGCUUGUGUAUGCUGUGGAGUUCUCCCACCGCUCAGGCCGUGACCUCAUCAACGUAGCAAAAAAAAGGACCAACAUCAUCCCUGUCAUCGAAGAUGCACGGCACCCACACAAAUACCGCAUGUUGAUUGGUAUGGUGGAUGUCAUUUUCGCAGAUGUGGCUCAGCCUGAUCAGUCGCGUAUUGUUGCUUUAAACGCGCACAACUUUUUGAAGAAUGGUGGUCAUUUUGUUAUCUCCAUCAAAGCCAACUGUAUUGAUUCAACAGCAGCCCCUGAGGCAGUCUUUGCAUCAGAGGUGAAGAAAAUGCAGCAGGAAAAUAUGAAACCCCAGGAACAACUGACUUUGGAGCCAUAUGAGCGAGAUCACGCUGUGGUGGUUGGCAUCUACAGGCCACCACCUAAACCGAAGAAGCAAAGCACAUAAAUAGUUGAUGCCCAUUGCUAUAGCGCUUGGGGCAAAAGGACUUUUCUUAUUUCUUAUCAUGUCAGGAUUCUUGCUACCGCCUGGGCCUCAACAAUCCAAGAUGCUGUAUUGCAUCUGUGUUCCGUGGCAUUCUGAAAUGUGUACAUUUUUUAUUAAAAUAAGUAAUAUAGAGACA